AUGUUACACCUUGAGAAUAAUAACCUUCGAGGAUACCUUCGACACACUGGGCGCGAUAUCGGCUCAUUAAGAGUGUUCCCGGCGAGAGCCGGGAACACCUGGUUCCUGCACCAAGGAAAUUACAUUUCAUUGGUAACCUACUACAGGUUAAGGUAAGUCUUUUCUUUUUGCAAAACUUUUUUUAAUCCAAAAAAUUUUUACAGAUACAACAUACGUAUAAAUGGGAAUGAAAUAGUUGUUUAUCAGCCUGCUGAUCCGGGGUGCUGGUAUCCCGCCAGUAUCGUAAUUUUGGAUGAUUAAUGCAACAUCAACAGCAAGUUCAAGUUCAGCAACAACCAUAUUAUCAUUUGUUUUUCCAUUUCGCAAUCUUCUCUUCUCCCUUUCUUCAUCAUCUCAUCAUGUCUUCCCACUCUCUACAGUCUACACACUCUCUCACCACCACCUGCCUAUUCAUCGAUUGGUUCUUUGAUCAGGAAUUUGAACUAUGCUCAGGAAUUUGAAUAAUGAUCUUUAAAGUUCAAAGCUGUCAAUCAAACUGUCACCUGCUCAUCAUCUGCUCAUCAACAUAUUUUGUUAGCACCCCUCGCACUCUCUCACAUUUGCAUACUCUCUCGCGGAGCAGCUGCAGCUUUUCCCACGAUAGGCUCCGCCCCUUUUUUGCCCCUAAUGCUCCUGAUGUUCUACUAAGAUACAACAAAUUUCUUUAAGUUAGAUCUGCAGGCACUACCGUACUUCAGGAUGUGCCUUUAAACGUGAAAGGCUAUUAUUUUUCGACUUGAAUCACCCAAGAAAAAACACAGAAAAUAAAGGAGAAACAUUAAAGGGACACGUAAUCGCUGCAAGACCAAACACGCAAAAAAUAAUUUCCCCUUUUAUUACCGUUUGUCCCAUGUGAUCGACAAUGUGACUUAAUAGGCUUUUUAGCAGCCAACCCUAUAAUUUGAGCCGAAUCAAAGUAGCAGGUAUGAUUAUUUCGCAUAACUUUACAUUUCGAAAAAUGCAACUAGUUCCUCAAGUAUAUCUCUACUUAUUCUACAUUCCCGGAAUUAUUUCAAGUAUCCUUAUAGCCUUCAUAAUCUCGAAAAAAUAUCUGAAAUUCGGUGCAUUCUUCAAAAUCUUCCUGGUCUCUGGGAUAUUCGAUAUAUUUCACAGUUUGCUGUACUUAUGGCUCCAUUGGGUAAGGUUUUGUUAUCCCAGUGAGCUUUACAUUCAAACUUCGCAUUUCUGCACAUUUUUCGAUCUACUUUUCUGCAUUCUCCAUCUAGUUUAUAACUUUUUAAUGGCUCUCAAUCGAUUUAGCGCAACUUUUGUGAAUUUUAAUAAACUUUGGAGCUCCAAACUCGUUAAAAUCUACCUAAUUACCCUUCUAAUUAUCUCAAUUAUCUCUUGUUAUCCAAUUUUCGUCGAAAAUGCAACAAUUAUAAUUAAUUCUGGGGUAAUUACAAUAUAUCAAAAGCAAGGAUUAAUUAUAGAGCGUAUGAUAGUUGCGGGGUAUGCAAUAAUCUUUGAAACUGUCUCAGUUAUCCUAACUAUCGCAACAAUUUAUCGAUUGAAAAACUUCAAGACUUCUCAUGAGAAGAAAUUGAUUAUUGUGACGUCAUCACAUACUUUAGUCGCCUUCAUAUUUAUAUUAUACGAAACUUCGAUGAUUUUCAAGUUUACUGAUCCAAUUAGUGUAUUUGUGGCCAAUUAUCAUACAACUAUUGGCUAUUUUUUCUUGUGUUUUAAUUUUUAUACAAUUCUUGUUGCUGAUUCGAGGAUUCGACGGGAUUUUUGGAGGAUUUUGGUUUUUUGGCGAAAGAAAAAGAUGGAUAUGAAAGUUAGUAAUGUUAAUUCGAAUAAUUUUCAUUGA